ACACUUACUCCUGACAGCCUUCAGCUUUUUGCAGCAAAUGGCUCAACCAUUCAAACUUUUGGUACCAGAAAUCUGUCACUAAGUUUGGGCUUACGGAGGAGUUUCACAUGGAACUUUGUAAUAGCGAACGUAAAAUCACCUAUCAUAGGAGCAGACUUUCUGGCACACUUUGGCCUUCUGAUAGACCUCAGAGCAAAGUGUCUAGUUGAUUCACAAACAACCCUUACCACAAAAGGAACAGUACGGCAGGCUGAAACGCACAGCAUAUCAACAAUAAGCCCCCUAUCUAAACUUCAAGACCUCAUCAAGCAGUAUGUUGAGUUGACAACGCCUAAUAUUUACACCUUACCAACAUCAAUGGACGUCAACCACCAAAUUGUAACAGAUUGCCGACCUAUUGCAGAGCCACUUCGGCGUUACUCCGGAGAAAAACUAAACGUCAUCAAAAGCGAAUUCAAUGAACUGUUGCAACUAGGUAUAAUUCGUACAUCAAGCAGUCCUUGGGCAAGCCCAGUUCACCUAGUGAAAAAGAAAACUGGUGAAUGGCGAGCCUGCGGUGACUAUCGCUCCCUAAACGCCCACACGCAACCAGAUAGCUAUCCAAUACCGCACCUCGAUAGCAUAGUCGACUGCUUACAUGGUAAAGCAGUUUUUUCCAAAAUAGAUAUAAAGAAAGCUUAUUACAAUAUACGCAUGUGCGAAAAAGACAUAGCGAAAACAGCAGUGCGAACGCCAAUUGGACUUUUUGAGUUUGUCGUUAUGCCAUUUGGGCUCAAAAAUGCCACUCAAACUUUCCAAAGAUACAUAGACAUCACAUUCAGAAAUAUGGACUUUGUUUUCUGUUACCUAGAUGACAUUCUCAUAUUUUCAGAAAAUGAAGAAGAACAUCACAAGCAUGUCCAGUUGGUGCUGCAGAAACUUAAAGAGGCAAAACUAUGUGUCAACUUAUCUAAAUGUGAGUUUUGCGUUAGCGAACUAAACUUCCUAGGAUACCACAUCUCAGCGGAAGGUAUACAGCCACCGAAAGAAAGAGUAGAAGCAAUCUGUCAGUAUCCGAAACCAAAUACAAUUGUUGAACUCCGCCGGUUUCUAGGAAUGGUAAAUUUCUACAGGAAACAUAUUCCUAACGCCGCACAAAUUCAAGCACCUCUACAUAACCUUUUCAAAGACUCGAAAAAAAAUGACAAACGAAAAAUCGAUUGGGAUGCAGAGCUUGAAAAAGCAUUCAGCGACUGCAGAGCCAGUUUGGCUACACAAACAUUGUUAAAUUUUCCGGUACCAAAUGCGCCGUUUGCAUUAACAACAGAUGCCUCGGAGACUGCAGCUGGAGCACACCUGGAACAACAAGUGAAUGGGGAAUGGAAGCCAAUCGCAUUCUUCUCAACAAAACUAAAAAAUGCGCAAAAGAACUACUCUGCGUAUGACCGCGAGCUUUUGGCAAUAUACUUAGCCAUUAAACAUUUUCGGCCAAUACUUGAUGGUCGCAAAUUCGUCAUUCGCACCGAUCAUAAGCCGUUAACGUACGCAUUCCGUCAAAAAGCAGACAAAGCGUCACCACGGCAGAAGCUAAAACUUCCAUCUGGCAAUACAAUAUACUGCGAUACAUCAAAUGCAAUGGUUCGGCCGUACGUUCCAGUUAAGCUUCGUAACAAAAUAUUUCAACACAUUCACAAUUUCUCACACCCUGGUACAAGAUCAACUUUAAAACAAAUUAGAAGCAAAUACAUUUGGUUGUCAAUGAACAAGGACGUAAAAGAAAUGGUUCGUUCUUGUAUCAGUUGUCAACGAUCAAAAAUACAAAAGCACAAUCAUCUAGCGCCUAAGCCGUUCAAACAAACUGAUCAACGUUUCGACCAUGUCCACCUUGACAUUAUCAUUCUUCCAGAGCAUGAGGGAUACAGAUAUUGUUUGACCAUGAUAGACAGAUUCACACGUUGGCCCGAACUGGUUCCGUUAAAAGAUAUUUCGGCCAACACGAUAACGACAAGCUUUUAUUCAGCAUGGAUCUCACGUUUCGGUUCCCCGAAGACCAUAACAACAGAUCAGGGCUCCCAGUUUGAGUCCGCAAUAUUCCAAGCAUUGACAAAAAUGGUUGGCGCACACAAGAUACGUACAUCAGCUUACCAUCCGGCGUCCAACGGCAUGAUUGAGAGAUGGCAUCGUACGCUAAAAGCUUCACUCAUGUGCAAUCGACAAACUCCAUGGCCACUUCUUCUUCCAACAGUGAUGUUAGGACUUCGCUGUUCCCACAAAGAAGACAUUGGAGCAUCCCCAGCAGAAAUGCUGUAUGGCACCAAUCUUCGUUUACCCGGCGAAUUCUUUGAUAGCGGGGAUGGAUCAUAUAAUCCACAGGAGUUCAUAUCCAAGUUUCGUGAGUACAUACAGCAGCUAAAACCAAGUUCACCGGUAUACCACAAUUCAACACGAUUUUUCAUCAAUAAAAAUCUACACGAUUGUAGUCAUGUGUUCAUCCGCUCGGAUCAUGUGAGAAAACCACUAGAGCCUCCUUACUCGGGUCCGUUCGAAGUUGUGGAACGCAUUUCAGACAGACUCUACGCAAUUAAAAUUAACAACGCAAUACACAACAUAUCUGUGGAGAGAUUAAAACCAGCAUUCAUUCCCAGAAGUGACGAAUUACCAGAUACACCGCUGCGAACCUAUAGAAAAAGAAAUGUAACAUUUGCAGACAAUUCUAAAACGUGAUUAAAUCACUGGGAAGGGAGUAGCUGUGGCAACCCAAUUUAAAUAUAUUAUUUUUCGUUAAGCCGUCUGGCAACCUUUUUAUGUAAGAAAAUCGAACUGAACUUUUUGAACAAGCUAAGAAAAUCGAACAAAACUAUUUUACCGUUUCUGAGAAAAUAUAAGAAAGAAAUAGAAGCCAAA